CCAAACCUAACUCCGUACCUCACUUAGGGUGAUUCACCUUACACGUGUCACACGAUAGUAGGUUAAGAAUCAGGCUCGGCUCACGGCCACUUUGCACAUUUCUAUACUCUUCUCUCUUUCUUCUUCCUCACCUUCCUUCUUCAAUCACCGUUUCGUCAAAAUCACAACAACAAAAAAAAGGUUUUGAUCAAAGAGAUCACUGUUAAACCCCCACAAAAUUUCCUCAGGACUAAUACUCUGCGAUCGAUCGUCGUUAUGAUAAGUCUCUAGAGAAGAUUGAUGAUUCUGGAUUACAUUAUCAUGGGAGGAGCUUGCUCAAGGAAGAGGGAUCAACAAGUUGAGGAUAUUUUAAACAGAGGUGUCUCUGGAAAAUAUAGCAAGAGUUCAAGUUCGAAAUGGUUAGCUACUUCGCUCUCUAGGUCUGGCUCGGAUGUUAAACGGAAAAAUGGAGAAUGCCCGUCGCUUAUGGAGCUCUGUAUCCGCAAGAUACAGGAGGACAUAGAUAGAUAUACCAAGUUCUCUGAUCUACCUAGAGAUAUCAGUCAGCAGAUUUUUGAUGAAUUGGUGUAUUCCCAGCGGUUAACUUUAAAGUCUCUUGAGGCAUUUCGGGACUGUGCUAUCCAGGAUCUUUACUUGGGGGAAUAUCCUGGAGUUAAUGAUGACUGGAUGGAUGUCAUUUCCUCGCAAAGUACAUCGUUGCUUUCUGUUGAUUUUUCGGGGUCUGAUAUCACAGACUCUGGACUGGUUUCUCUAAAAGGUUGCACAAACCUGGAAUCCUUGAACUUUAAUUUCUGUGAUCAGAUAUCCAACCGUGGGCUCGAGCAUCUCAGCGGCCUCUCAAAUUUGACAAGCCUGAGCUUCAGAAGGAAUGCUGCAAUCACUGCACAAGGCAUGCGUGCGUUAUCCAACUUGGUUAACAUGAAGAAACUAGAUCUUGAGAAGUGUCCUGGGAUUCACGGUGGGCUUGUUCACCUGCGAGACUUAACCAAACUAGAGUCCUUGAACAUAAAGUGGUGUAACUGCAUAACGGAUGAAGACAUGGAGUCUCUCUCAGAACUUACAAAUCUGAGGAGCUUACAGAUUUGCUGCAGUAGGAUUACCGAUUUUGGUAUUAGCUACCUUAAAGGGCUAAACAAGCUUAAUUUAUUGAACUUGGAGGGGUGCCGUCAUGUUACUGCUGCAUGCUUGGACACACUCACAGCUCUUACAGGGUUGAUGUUUUUGAAUCUCAAUAGAUGUAAUUUUUCAGACAGCGGGUGUGAAAAGUUUUCUGAUUUAAUUAAUUUGAAGAUAUUAAACUUGGGCAUGAACAGCAUUACAAAUUCAUGCUUGGUCCACCUAAGAGGUUUGACAAAGUUGGAGAGCUUGAAUUUGGAUUCUUGUAGAAUUGGUGAUGAAGGACUGGUACAUUUAUCAGGUAUGCUUGAGUUGAAAUCUCUGGAGUUGUCCGAUACCGAAGUGGGAAGCAAUGGUCUUCGCCAUCUCUCUGGCCUGUCAAACCUAGAGAGCAUAAACUUGUCAUUUACUGUUGUGACCGAUAGCGGUUUAAGGAAAUUAUCUGGUUUGACAUCUCUUCGAACACUGAAUCUGGAUGCUCGUCAUGUUACUGAUGCUGGUCUUUCCGCGCUUACAAGUUUGACAGGGUUGACUCACCUCGAUCUCUUUGGUGCCCGUAUCACAGAUUCUGGAACAAAUCACCUACGAAACCUGAAGAAACUGCAGUCACUUGAAAUAUGUGGUGGUGGAUUAACCGAUACUGGUGUCAAGAACAUAAAAGAUCUUUCAUCCCUCACUCUCCUCAAUCUAUCACAAAACUCCAAUCUCACAGACAAAACACUGGAGUUGAUUUCCGGAUUGACCGGAUUGGUCUCUCUGAACGUCUCAAACUCUCGAGUAUCUAGCUCAGGACUACGUCACCUGAAGCCAUUGAAGAACCUGAGAUCUCUGACCUUGGAGUCCUGCAAGCUCUCUGCUAACGACAUCAGGAAGCUUCAGGCGACUGAUCUGCCAAACUUAGUCAACUUCCGUCCUGAAUAAAAUUAUAUGUCGAAAAGGCAAUUCACGAACUCUGUAAAUAGAUCGAUCUCUUCUGGUCUCAGACAAAGCCACUGCUCUUAUAUAUAUAUCGUCAAAAGCUAUGCUCUUCUUCGGAUUAUUUGCUGAAGAAACUGUAAAUAAAGCUUCAUUCCAAGC